AUAAUGGACAAUGACUUUGCAUAUGGCUAUGAAUACAUUGGAUCAGCCAAUAGGAUUGUAAUGACACCAAUGACAGAAAGAGUCUUUGUUAGUCUUACACAGGCUGUCAAAUCUAACAUGGGUGGACUGUGUGUUGGACCUAAUUGGAGUGGUAGAAGGGAAAUUAUACAUGAAUUGAGUAUGUCCUUAGGAAGACCCCUAUAUAUGUUUAACUGCAGUAAAACAUUGGAUUCCUUUAUGUUAGCUGAUAUCUUUAAAGGACUAUCAUGUACAGGGGCUUGGAUCUGUCUCAAUAACAUUGCCAACAUCAAACCUGAUGUGCUCAGCAUAUGUGCUCAGUUAUUACAAACAAUACUGGAAAGUUUCAAAGCUGGUAAAACCAACGUAACCAUCCAAUCUGACGAGAUCAUACUGAAUCCACUCGGUGCCUGUUUUGGUACCAUCAGUGAUGAGAUCAACAUUGUACAUAACAAUCCAGAGAAACACCUCUUGUUUAACUCCAGUGUCACGAGUCUUCCUCCAAACCUUGUCAAAUCUUUCCGCAUUGUCUCCGUGUCUAAACCAGAUUUCCGUAUUUCAUUGGAAGUGAUGUUACUCAGCCAAGGUUUUCUGAGUGCCAGUGAGUUGUCAUACAAGUUACUAACUUUACAAGAGUUGGCAUCUAAUCUGUUAUCAACCGUACCACCUAUAGCUGUAAGACACCACACUUUCAGUCCUAAGUUAUCCCAAGGGUGGAGCUUACAGACGAUGGAAUCUAUAAUACAGGAGGCAGGGUCUAUUUUAGAUGAAUCACUGAAUGCAGUUAUCAAUGAGGAGAUCAUCAUUGAAGAAACGGUUGUUUUACCUGAUGAUGUUGCAAGUACAAAGCUAUCAUCAGAGGUUGGUACAGAGCCAGAACAGCUCCCACCAACUGAACACAAAACGUCGUCUUCUGUAGAACCAGAUACACUUGGCAGUCAGCAACAGCCCCCCACUGAGACUACAGAGAAUGGACAAGAAACUAUCAUUCCCACUGAUGAGAAGCGAUAUGAGAAUGAUGCUGUUGUGUUAGCGAUACGUGACAGUACAAUGCCUAAACUGCACGGCCGUGACUCUGAAGUGUUUAUUAGAAUGCUACAAGAUCUGUUCCCCGAUGUGGAUGUGCCUUUAGAUUUCGGUGGCAAUGAAGCUGACAAGGCUCCCUCCAACUUAGGUGAAAUUCAAAUGAAUACCCCAGUUGUAAAUAUGAGUUCUACCAUGUGUACCCAAGCAUUUACACCGAGCACAACACAUGAUAAGCAACCUUUAGAAGACAUGAAUGAAGCCAUCGCUGUCUCUACUGCAGAGUUAGGAUUAAUGCCUGGUGCCGUGUUCCAGGCUAGAGUUGCACAGUUUGCACUCCUCACUAAUACCCAUCAAUGUGUUCUUGUAGUUGGUCCUGCUGGCUGUGGUAAAAGCGAAUGCAUUAAUACAUAUGUUGGGGCUCAAAGAGAGAUGGGUAAAACAGUCAAUGUGCAAAGAGUUUUCACAAGAGCAGUGGAAUCACAAGAAUUACUCGGAUAUAUCGACCCAUCCACCAAAGAAUGGAGAGAUGGCUUAUUUCAGACAUUGAUUCGUAAACACUGUCUACAUGCCAAUACAGAGUUCCUGAACAGUAAACCGUUGGUUAAAGUGGUACAUAUGGAUGGAGAGGUUGAUGAACAUCAGAUGGAAGUUCUUGGAUGUGUGUUUAAUCGUAAUAAUAAUGAUGUCUUGGUGAUGGGUAAUAAUGAACGAAUCAGAUUAUCGGACUCUGUCAGAGUUCUAUGGGAGAUGGAAUCCUUGGCCAAUGUCAGUCCAGCAGUCCUCUCCAAGGUGGGAAUCUUAUCCAUGGAUAUGUCAGAUGUAGGCUGGAGACUUAUCGUUGCUAGAUGGUUGGAUUCCAGACCGGAACAUGAGCAAGACGUACUCAAAGAGUUGAUGGAUGUAUAUGUGGAAGGUACCUUACUGUACUUGGGUGCUUGUACACAGCCGGCUAUAAUGGGAAGAACUGGUCAGCCAAGGAUGAAACGCUACAUCAAUACCUCGGAUAUGAAUAUGGUGUCUACGCUGUGUACACUGAUGGAGGCACUGAUAUCGCAGCAGAAUGACUUGGAUGACUUACAAUACGAGAGAUAUUUCAAUUUUGCCGCGAUAUGGGCAUUUGGUGGCACACUGGAGGAACAAUACAGAUCUACAUUUAGUCAUUGGUGGAGAAAUCAGUGGCAGACAAGAGUGGAUUAUCCUGAACAGGGAGAGGUAUGGGACUACUUUGUAGACUCUGAAACCAACGAUUUCAUUCACUGGCAAGAUGCUGUUCCAGCUUACAGUAUGCCUCCCCAUGAAGGUAUUCCCAAUGAUGCGUUUGUACAUACAGUCUCUGUGGAGCAAAUAUCAUACCUGCUUGGUUUACUGAGUGACGCUGGCAAACCGGUAAUGUUGGUUGGUGAGAAUGGAUGCGGUAAAACUGGAAUUGUCAAUGACAGAAUUCGUACAGUAUGUUCUGGGGAAGUAGCCGAAGUAUUGGCACUCAAUGUACAUGCCAACAGGUUUACUACAGCUCAUCUACUGUGGCAGAGACUGGAAGAGAGAUUGGAAUGGAAACAUGGUAGGACUUACGUACCAAAAGGAAAUAAGAAACUAAUGUGUUUUGUAGAUGAUCUAAACUUAGCUAAGGUAUGUAUGCAGGGUUUCACAUAG